ACUCUGCAUGUGAGAGACAUGGGUCAUAAGAAGUUUUCAGUAAUUUGCAGAACCAGUGUCAGAUGUCUUCACAAAGUCUCUGUACGCUUCUCUUUGUGCUGGUCCUUGUGUGGGACUUAGUGGCUAAUGAGCUUUCCCAGGAAGAUGCAGCUUGCUGUUGGUGCUGUAUGAGGUGAAGGUUGUCAAGAUGCGCAACUGGGAUUUUGAAUUGCUUGUUCUCUCUUGUGCACCUUGGUCUGAGGAGCAGCAGUCCUGAGGAAACCCUUCAUACAAUGUUAGCAAUAUUUUGAGAGAUGUCGUCUCACUCUCAUCCUUCCUUAUCCUCCUUGGCCCCCAAAUGCACUCAAGUUACUCCAACUGCAAUCUUCUGUGAGGGGCUUGGCAGUCAGUUUUAUGUUGUCUGGUCUCUCUGGGUCCCUUCAUGGAGCUGGGGAUUGGUCUGUGCAGGAAUUAUUCACCAUGCUUAGCAAUGCUUGGGUUAGCAUGAUGGUAAACAUGGGUUAUGGAGUUCUGCAAUAAUUGGGAAUAUGCAAUAAAUUGUGGCUUUGUGUAGAAUAAGGGCUACUGAAAGGAAGACUAGUGUAUGGAAUGCACCAGAUGAAGAAGCAGAAAACAUGAGAUUUAGGGGAGUGCUGUACAGCCAAAGAUUAAAGGAGCUUGGAGUUUUUUCCCCAUGGGAACUGUAAUCAAAAAAGUAAGACACUUGUUUUACUCACUAGUGUGCAGUUGUGAGGGUUUUCUGAAGAGGGAUGGGGUGAUGUGGAGCUGUUCUUGUGCAGCAGCAGCUUUGGUCUGUGGGCAAGGAGGCAUAAAGAAAAGGUCAGAAUUCACUCAUGAGCUGUUUCCAUUUCUGGCAAAAAGAAUCAAGAAAUCACAUGUGGUUCGUUUAUGCAGCAGAUCUGUUGGCAUCUAUCUGAUGUGCUAUUUUGGAAACCAUUUGGCUGUUUUACCCACCACACUGUGCACACUUUGGCUGCAGAAGUGAUUCUGAUGAGAUCCAAGGAGCCUAUUCAGCAUUUGGGUACCAUUAAGCACUGAAAGAGGAGUAGCAGUUCUGAGGGUGGCUUGUGGGACCCCUACCCAUGAUGAUUCCACCAUCUGCACCAAGCCCUGUCAGCGAUGCUGCCCUCCUGUCAGGUGUGGCUUCUCAGGAAGUCUGGAGGUCACCAGUCCCAGGCUAUUCUGGACUGCCCACACGGCACAUAAGUCACCGGGCCAACAACUUCAAGAGACACCCGAAAAGGCGGAAACACAUCCGGCCUUCACCACCACCACCACCAAACACUCCCUGUCCUAUUGAUCUGGUUGACUUUGGGGAUCUCCAGCCUCAGAGGUCUUUCUUGGAACUCCUUUUCAAUGGGUGCAUUCUCUUUGGGCUUGAGUUCAGCUAUGCCAUGGAAACAGCCUAUGUUACCCCUGUGCUGCUCCAGAUGGGGCUUCCAGACCAGCUCUAUGGAAUGGUGUGGUUCAUCAGCCCUAUAUUAGGGUUUUUGCUACAGCCUUUGCUGGGAGCCUGGAGUGACAGAUGCACAUCAAGAUUUGGGAGGAGAAGACCUUUCAUUCUGGUUUUAGCAGUAGGAGCAUUGCUUGGGCUCUCACUUAUGCUGAAUGGCAAAGAUAUAGGGAGUGCCUUGUCUGACACUGAGAAUAACCACAAAUGGGGCAUCAUCCUGACAAUCUGUGGUGUUGUCCUCAUGGACUUCAGUGCAGAUUCAGCAGACAAUCCCAGUCAUGCCUACAUGAUGGAUGUGUGCAGCCCAGUGGAUCAAGACAGGGGCCUCAACAUCCAUGCUUUGUUAGCAGGUCUUGGAGGUGGCUUUGGUUAUGUUGUUGGAGGAAUACACUGGGAUAAAACCAGUUUUGGAAAAGCUGUAGGAGGGCAACUUCGUGUCAUCUAUGUCUUCACCUCAGUUGUACUGACUAUUGCUACUGUGCUGACUCUAGUUAGCAUUCCAGAGAGACCCUUAAAGUCCUCUAACAGGAAGAAAAAGGUGAUGAAAAGUCCAAGUCUUCCUCUCCCUCCUUCUCCACCUUUCUUCUUUGAGGACAGUGUAAAUGAAAACUCUGCUUCUCAUAACUCAGCUCAGUUACAUGCAAGUUUUACGAGUCCUGUUUCCCCCAUGAGCCCACUCACGCCAAAAUACGGGAGUUUUAUCAGCAGAGACAAUUCUUUGACGGGAAUUAAUGAGUUUGCAUCAUCCUUUGGGACUUCAAAUAUUGACAGUGUGCUUAUAGACUGUUUUACAGGAGGGCAUAAUAGUUACAUGACACUUCCAGCUAGUUUGUCCAGGCAGCCUGUCAGUGUCAGCUUUCCUCGGGUGCCUGAUGGCUGUUACCAUGGAACAAAUGGAAUUCUGGAGCAAGGGGAGAGCAGCUUAACAUCAGGGGCUGAUAGUGAUGUGCUGAGAGUGGGCUCACUGGAUGCAAUAAAGCCACGGUCAUCAGGGAUCUUGAAAAGACCUCAGACCUUGGCCAUUCCAGAUGCUGUAACAGGACACUGCUCAGAGAAUAACAGAAGAAGAAAUGUAACCUUCAGCCAACAGGUUGCUAACAUCCUGCUGAAUGGGGUGAAGUACGAGAGCGAGCUGAAUGAAUCGGGCGAGCCCUCGGAGCAGCCCCUGUCCGUGAAGCUGCUGUGCUCCACCAUCUGCCACAUGCCCAAGGCUCUCCGGAACCUCUGCAUCAACCACUUCCUAGGGUGGCUUUCAUUUGAGGGGAUGUUACUCUUCUAUACUGACUUCAUGGGAGAAGUAGUGUUCCAAGGGAACCCAAAAGCACCUCACAACUCAGAUGAGUAUCAGAAGUACAACACUGGGGUCACCAUGGGCUGCUGGGGAAUGUGCAUCUAUGCAUUCAGUGCUGCUUUCUAUUCAGCCAUGCUGGAGAAGCUGGAGGAGCGGUUUAGCACACGGACACUGUACUUUGUGGCAUAUUUGGCCUUUGGGCUGGGCACAGGCCUGGCCACGCUCUCCAGGAAUGUCUACGUGCUGCUGUCCCUGUGUGCCACCUACGGCAUUCUGUUCGCCACGCUCUGCACGCUGCCCUACUCCCUGCUCUGCGACUACUACCAGAGCCGAGAGUUCGUAGGCUCGCAGGCGGAGGGCACGCGGCGCGGGAUGGGCGUUGACAUCUCCCUGCUGAGCUGCCAGUACUUCCUGGCGCAGAUCCUCGUGGCCGUGGCCAUGGGCCCGCUGACGGCGGCUGUUGGCAGUGCCAGCAGUGCCAUGUACUUCUCCAGCCUGGUGUCCUUCCUGGGCUGCCUCUUCUCCUCCCUCUGUGUCACCUACGAGCUGCUGCCCACCGAGGAGCUGCCGCCCGCCGAGGAGCAGCGCCCGCUCCUGCCCCGUGCGCGGAACGAAUAAAUGGGAGAAGCUGCCACAGCCUCUGCUGCCCCACUGUGUCACCCUUGGCCUCCCUGUUGUGACAGGACGGGCUGUGCGGCCCUGGGACGGCAGCAGUGGGCUUGGCAAACGGAAAGAAAGGCCUGUGCUGGCUUUGCUGAGCUUUCCCCUGCCUGUGGGAAGGUGAGGGGUGAGUCAGCAGCGCCUGGCACUGCUCGUCCUUCCCCUGAGGUGACAGAGGCCUGUCUGUGCCCCUGGGGCCACAGCAGCAGGAAGUGUGGGGCCAUUCCCUCCAGCUGCCUCGUGGUGCUGCCAUCCCGGGAGAUGACUGGCAUUGUCCGGCGUGAGGCAGGAGACCUGAAAGUCUGGUGCCUGGGCAGGACAACCUCGCUCUCUCAGUGGCAGUGAGCUCACUGCUGCAGGGGACUGCCACCAUGGGAAUGGUGACAGUUUGGGGGCAGGAGGAGCCACCUCCUGGCCAGGCAGAGCAGACUGGGUAGGCAAACCCCGUGGUGAUUUCUGUGAGGCCUUUGGGAGGUGCAGGUCCAACCUACAGCCUCUGCCAGUGAAGGCCUGGCUCUGGAGGGUGCUUCUCAAAGCUUUGGGAAGGCUGAGAGCAGCUGGUCUUGCUUGGGUGGUGCAAGUCCUCUGUCAAGUGCCAUGGGUUUGUGGGUGCACAGAGCUCCCAGCAGCAGAACUGCUACAAGACACCACUGUGGGCUGAAAGCGCUGUGGGCCUGGGUCCCACACCCCACUGGGAGGUCCUGGCUGUGUCCUUGGUGAUGUUUGCCAAUUCGUGUGUGUUUCCUUCCUCAUUAGAGUUUAAUUAGGACUACAGGGGUUUGUGAUGACUUAGCAGGAGGAUUUGGCCAUAAUCCAGUUUAGCAGUUGUCCAUAACGCAGUUUUGGGGAGAAAGGUCUUUUCCCAUCAACCUCCCUUGGGCAGAAGGUUACUCUCAAGAACUUUACUCAUAAGAAAAAUCAUUUGUAUGGAAGCCUGCAUCACAUCAUUCUUGUUUAUACAAUUUUACCUUGGGACAUUCUGAAGUCUGGGGAUCAGUGACUUGUCAAUUGGAGCUGCAUCUUCCACAUCUCAGUGAAACCAGUAAAAGGGCUUUGGGUUUCAUUGUCUGAGAGAUUUCUUAAUUGUUCUGAUUUUAGAAGGUGGUGUGUGAGAAUUUUUACAAGUUCUAAUUAGGGCCAGGAGUUAAUUUAAAGUCACAUUAAUAAAACUAUCUUUAAACCCCCUGUCUUUGUAUUUGGGUAGGCAGCCAAGUUUUACCAAGGCUGGUGGGCAUUUUGGUGCUCACAUGUGCUGUGCAUGGCAUCCCGGUAGAGAUUAUGUUUGGUCCCUAGACCCAGAAGAAGGGUUUUCUCUGGAGAGUCACUCAUUUUAAAUGAGUUGUACUUCACUGUUCACCUGAGUUUAUGCUAUGAUGCCAAGGUGAAAUAAUAUGUGUAAUCUUUAGUUGUUGUGGUUUACUGUAAUCCAGUGCUGAAAACAUAAUACAUAAGAACCCCUCAUUUUUAUCAUCUGCUCCCAAUUAUUGUAUUUUAGAAGCAAGUUUUGUAUUACUCAGUAUCAACUUAAACAGAGGAAUACUGCUGGAAUUACGAAGUCAAGCUCUCAGAGAUAAAGGACUGUCAGCUGUCAGACUGAUGAGUACAUUCAUCUUUCAUUUCUUUGGGCUUACAUGGUGUUGUAUCUGCAGGAAUGUCUGUGCCAUUUCCUUGAUUAUGGGACAGCUGUCUCCAAGAAUGUUCAGGACAAAGCUGGGACAAAAUAGCAUGACAAACUACAUUUGGCACUUCUAAUUUCUGACAAUCUAAAGACUUGACUUUGGAGAAUUAUUCUUUUCUUUUUAGUCUGCUUUGUAAUCUUCAUUUCUCUUCCUUAUCGUCUCAAACUUUUAAACUCAAAAAUUAUUUUGUUUUUUGUUUGCUCCCACUAGCUAAUGUGGUAUUAGUUCUUAAAUUUUUUUUCUCCUCUUAAGUUUUGUAGCCAGCAUUAUUGCACUAAAUGGAUUGUGAGCACUUUACUUUUCCAGGUAGCUGGAGUUACAGAUCAUUUUGUGAAACUCUUCAAAAAAAUAAUAAAAUCAAUGUAUUUGAUGAUAAUGUUUGUCUCAAUUUCCAUCUGUAAAUAUCAACUACCUUUAUGCAGUUAUAAAACUAUUGCUAUGCCUGUAUGCCUUGCCUAAUAGACUCUAUAUUACAUUUUUUCUAUUUUAUAGGAUAUGGACUUUAUUUUGAAAAUGUAUUUAUGUAGUGGUACAUACACAGUCAACAUCAAUGUGUGUUGAUUUGGGGCUUUGAGCAAUACUAGUGGUGUCUGGAAAAAAACCCAGAGCCUGUCACCAUCAUGCAGAGUUGGAAAUUGCACCAAAUCCUUAGAAAUAACUUUUGAAAGAGUCAUUGCUUACUUGCUUAUUCUCUUCCUUUGUCAAACUGUAUAUGGUCACUGGUGAACUGUGAACUGCAACUUGAUGUUUCCCUUCUGGAAUCCAAAGGCUUCAAAUAUUCUGUCUAAAUUUGCAAGUUACUGGUUAAAAAAAAGAUGCAUGAGUUUAGGCAGGAAAAUGAUUUUACACUGUGCUGUUUUUAAAGUGAUGAAGGUUAAUUUUGAUUUAAGUCCAUAUCAUUAAAGGUUACUUCAUGGCAAUUAUUUGUGGAUGUUUGUAAAUGUAUUUAUUACACAUGUACAGAAGCAGGGAAAAUGGGGAGAGGGAUGGAGAAAAGACCUAACCAAUUUUCACAUGUUUGUAAUGAAGCUACCUGUACCAUUCCAGCAUGUCUGCAGCUCACUCAGCCUCUGCUGUGUCACUCACAGACAACCUCAUGAUUUCAGAACUUCUGCUGUUCUUUGGUUGGAAAAAUAAGUCUUUUCAAGAAUCAAACAGAAUAAAAUUUAUAUAUAUAAAUAUA